AUGGUGGAAUGGCUUGACAAGUUCAAGGAAUGCAUGGACGUGGCCGUCAGCUUUGAUCCCGUACACGCAGCGUUACCCUGGGCAGGCGCAUGGUUCCUUAUCAUGGCUGCCUCGGCCAGCACUCAUCAGACAGGCUUGAUGUUUAUUUGCCUUGAGGCCAUCACUCGGAUGAUAGCCCGCGGCCGAGUCUACGAGAUGUUGUAUAUCCAGCCACUCCUCCACGGACAGGCCGAGAGUCAAUUCGAAAAAUCCCUCGUGCUAUUAUAUAAGCGUAUCCUGGAAGUGCUGAGCUUGGUGACUAGACUGCAGAGGCUGAACACCACAACAAGAACAAUGCACGCGGUUUUCCAUCCUUUCGAGCUGUCCAGUCAGCUGCAGAGUCUCGAAUUAUUUGAAAGGGAUGUUGAAAGAGAAGCAGUGCAGUGCGAGGCUCUGUACCAGCGCCAAAGUUUCCAGGGCUUGCAUGAGCAGUACGCGAAGCUGCACCACCAGAUUGACGUGGGAUUCGCACCACAACUCGAACAGAUGAGCUCUGGUGUCACUGAAAUACAAUUCAGCAGUUUCUGCGACUGGCUCAUAACCACAAAUCCAUCGUCGAGGUACAAUGAAAUGCUAAAGCUACAUCAGUCUGACACCAAUUCUUGGGUUCUGAAUAUGGAUGCAUGGAAAGACUGGUCGAAUCCAGCCUCCGGAAGCCCAACGCUGCUCCGAAUACAUGGUAUUCCGGGUGCGGGCAAGACCAUCAUGGCGGCGUACUUGAUCAACGUGAUUGAGAAAAUAGUACAGGAAUCGUCCAGCAACGAUGUCAGCACAUAUUAUUUCUGCUACCAUAUCCACCAACAGGACGAAACUUCUCCUUUCCUCCGAUGGGUCGUCACUCAGCUGUGCCGGCUGUCGGGCUAUAUUCCCCCAAAAAUCCUUCAACUCAAUAAGCAUCGACUACAACCUACCACGGAGGACUUAUUACAUGCAAUAGAGCAGUUGCUAGGCAAAUGGGACAGUGUUUAUAUCAUUGUCGAGGCCCUGGACGAAAGCCAGAAGCCUUGGACAGACCUCCUAGAAGCACUUCGUUGCUUGGCUACUGAGUCCAGGUUCAAAGGCCUGCGGAUACUGGGCACAUCUCGAGAAUACCCCGAAUUCGAAGAUUCGAUGCGUGGUUAUGCCACAUCCCUUCCGAUGAAUAACGAGAACAUCAAAAAGGACACCGAGAGAUUCGUAGACCAGACGAUACGGCGAAGUCCCAACAGAGUGUUCAAGAAGUGGCCCGAAGAUCUCGUUAACGAGGUUGAGACUACGUUAGUGGACGGUGCUCGCGGCAUGUUCCAGUGGGUGAAAUGUCAACUUGAUCUUCUACGGCGAUACCACACGGCAGAGCAAGUGAAAAACGCGCUCAAAGAAUUACCCCCCGACCUGCACAAGACCUACGAAAGAAUAUUUGACCUCAUUCCCGACGAAGACAAGGAGUUUUUGCAAGCUCUCUUGCGUUGGACUCUCUACCCACAUUCGAUCAAACAGUACUAUGAUGAACACAUGCUGCCGCCGGAACGCAUUACGAUCAGAACUCUUCUCGAAGCAGCUCUCCAAAGUCUAGGUCAGGGGUCCUUUUACGACGAAGAAGACAUCCAGGAAAUAUUCAUCCUUGGAAAUCUUCUGCAGCACAAGCUAUAUCCUACGGCAGAGCGAUUCAUCGAGAUGAAGGGGGCCCACUUGUUCGAAGAGAGAGUACAGGCUUCCGAGCUGCUUGCAAAAUCGAGUAUACCCAAGAAUGAACACUCCAGGGCUCAAAUGAAGGUCAAGGAGGAUACGAUACUGUGUUGCCUUGCGGACGUGACAUCGCCAAUGAUGUCGUUGGGACUUCGGGGUCUGAUGAUGGUCCAGUUCGACAUAUUAUGCCGGCUACUUGAUCAGCGAGAAACUUUGCGCUUCUACAUCGUUGCGGUCCUAUCUAGGGACACUGUGGCUGUUCAACUGUUGUUGGAAGCAGGUGCUGAUCCAAAUGCAAUGGGGGAUCCCAAUGCUUUCGAUGCGGUAUACAUGUACCCCGAGCCGCACUACAAAGAACACCGCAAAUGGGAUGGUCAACUAAGCCCAUUGCGCAUGUGCAAUCUCCUUUGCAACGACCUAGAACAGUUUCGAUUACAGCGACAGACCGAAGACGCCAUCCAAUCUGCGGAGAACGAUACCGAUACUGUCCGGGGCGAGAGCAGCAUACGAGGGAAAUGGGACAAGAAACUGAAAACAGAAUUGGAAGACGUGGCGUUGGAGAUGAGCCACCGGAACAUCUGGGACGAGUGA